AUUCCUUCAACACAUUAAUUCCCAUCAGUUUCUUGAAUCAAGAAUCACAAAAAAAUGGAACCACUUUUUCAUGAUUCAGAAGAAUCAAGUAGUGGGUGUGAAUCUGGUUGGACCCUAUACUUAGAACACUCGUGUAAAGAUGCUUUUGUUGCACCUGAACACGAUGAAGAACACGAAGAACAUGACGACGAUGAUAUGUCCAUGGUUUCGGAUGCAUCAUCGGGUCCACCACAUUUUCAAGAACAUCAAGAACAAGAUGAAGAUGAAUACAACAAUGACGAUGAGGACAACAUUGAUGGUGGUUUUUGCGAUCCUACGAUGGCGUUUGGUUGUAGGAAAAGGCGAAAGAUUCUUAAACAAACGAGUUUCUAUAGCCAUAGACACUUGCAAGAUCCGCUUGCUUCUCUUGAUGACACUGCUAGUUCUCCAUUUUUCAGCUUUUGCAAUAAGGAUCUAAAAGUGUGCACCAAAGGGAGUUUAAUGGAUGAUGAUACCAGUUUUGAUUAUUCACAAGGCCAUUCCACAACCUAUUUUGAGAUGGUUUGAAGUGGAGUCCAUAACAAGCAAAGAGUAAAAGAAAUACAGAAGUCUCAUCAAUGCAAGUGGAAGUUAGAUCUAAACAUUUAGAGAUAUUUUACAUUUUUUUUUUCUUCUUUUUGUUAGUUAUGAGUAGUGCUUACAAUGGGAUGGCAAAUAUCUUUGAUAUUAACCAAUCAUAUUUUGACAACUGUAAGGAGCGUUAGAAAUGAAAAGAAUCACUUUUUAUUCCUUGAUCA